AUGAAUCUUUCGUCAGUUGAUAAUCUACAACAACGACAAAUUUUACAGGCUUCAUCUGGGGAUUUCAGUAAUUCAGGAUGGCCAAUCAGAGACACACAACUGGACAAGGAUUUUUCUGUCAAUUUUUCUUGUUCGCCUGAUAAUUUUUCUCAGCAGCCGUGCAAUUUUUGUCAUCAAUAUCACAAACAUAGUGGAAAUUUACUAAGGAAAUUCGAAAAACAGAGCGAAGAAGAAUUCUUAAAACAACUGAAUUCUCAAUGGAUUAAGUUAACGAGAAACCAAUUACACCAUAAAGACGUUGAAUUUAGCGUGUUCUGUCGGGGAAUUCAGGCUUUUAACGACUUGGUUUUAAAACAUAUUAAAAAGGCAAUACAAUCUGACUUGACUUUUGAAGACUCUGGACUGUCAGACGAAACGUUCAAACCAAUAGAGACAAAGAAAUUUAAAGGAACAGAACCGUCUGAGAAGAGAAAGUUUACAAAAGAGGAAGGAUCAGACAACAGGAAGUCUACGAAAAAAGAUCAAGCAGAUGAACGGAAGUUUACAAAAAGGGAGAGAUUUACAGAUAGGGGUUUCACAAGAAAAGAGAGAAGGAGGCACUCGAGGAAAGACGACGAUGAAGUCGGUGUUAGGGAUCAGAUUAAGCAGAGUUUGGAGGUGAGCCACACGGUAACAGAAUCUCAUCAGUUGCUGCACGUGAAGACCAUCAUUGGACUGCUCCAUUCUAUUAUUGACGUCAUUCUCUUCACCAUGUCAGGAUCCCUUGUGUUUGAUUUAAAUGAUGUGGAUAUUUGGAGAGGUUUUACAAAUAGAUGCAAAGAAUUAGAGUCACAGCUCGGAAUUCUAACAAACAACUUUUUGGAAAAGAAAAUAUCGGAAAAAAUGGCAAGAAAAAAGAAACGAGAAGAGAACGUUCUGGGCUUGAUAGAAUCGCUGGAGAAUCGACCGACCCGAUCUAAAGUGAAGAAACUACACAGAGCCACACAAGUUUUGGUGGAAAAUGAGCGACAGAUUGGUCUUAUUCAAGGGGAGAUUAUCUUUAUUAAGGACAUCACACUUAUAUCCGAGUCCCUCAGAGACCUUUUCAAUUUCAUGGAAGCUGAGUUAUCAAGGAGCGGAAAAAAAGUUUCUAAACACAGAGCCAUCAAAGGCGGUAAGGAUGAAAAAGAUGGCUCUGACGAGAGGCAGUCUGUAGCAGGUGGAAAGUCGGAAAAGUCAGAAAAGACGGGGCCCAGUGGAGAGAGAAAAACUCAGAGUGGAAAUGAACAAGUUAAUCAAUCUGGAGGCACAAUAAAAGAUGGACAAUUGUCUGAGAAGAAAGAAGUUGUCAUAAGUGAAGCAAAAGCAAAGGAAGGAAAAUCGUCUGGAAAGGGAGAAAAGGGGGCGUCCGGAGGGGUUGAUGACGUCAAAGAUCAGAUGGUCAAAGCAUUACAAGGUAAAGUGGGAGAGCUAGGUGACCAGUUAGGGGGGCACGUCAAGCAGCUUGGAGGACAAGUCUUCCAGGGGCUGCUACAGAAAGCCAAGGACAUGACAAAUAUGAAUAUCAACAACGGGACAACCGACACGAACGAUGACUCCUCGGAGGCUCUCCACAUUGAAUCGAAGUAUAAUGAAUUCCACAGUGUUUCAAACGAUUCGGAAGACAGUGGUAGCCCGAUGCCGGCUGGAAAUUCACGAAUAUUACAUUUAAUGAGAAGCAUGAGAAGAUCAUGUAGACCUAGGCUUAAUGAGGAGAGACGUUUACCAUAUGACGGGAGAUUGGAAGAAGAUGAAGACAGUCGAUCACCGGAAACCUCCUCAGAGUCUCAAUCGUAUUCAGAUCAGCGGGACUUCAAGCGUUUCAAAGAAUCAGAUUCGGAAGAUACCGGGACUUUUGUAAAACCACUUCGACGUCAUGCAGAAGUUUCCUUUUCUGUUACAGAUGUCGAAAACACAGGGGACAAUACUGAAUUCAGUGAACCAAAGUUGUCUCCCUGUAAACAGAAAAGAAUACAUAGACUGAAAAGUACAAAAUAUAUAGACGAAAGUGAAGUGUCGUCUUCUGAUGCAAAGGUUUCCGACUCUGAAAAUAAUAUAGAAGUUACAGAAUCCAGUUCAACUCUUUCACCACGUCUUAAAAGGGAGAAACACAGUUUGAAAUCGAGGAAAAAGUACGACGCACAAGACUACGAGAGUGAUACUUCACCAUCUUAUGAAUACUAUAGUCUUCCAAAAACAAGAGGUCAGAAUAUAAAUAUAGGCGGUCCUAAGUUAUCGCUCGCAAUAGGAGAUGUUGGGGUCAAAUUUUCGCCAGAAGGACGAUUAUUACCUCGUGGUCAACAUGAAAGCAGCACAAGCGAUGAAACAAAUAAUCAGGUAGCUUCAACGUCCAAUGAUGAUGACAGAUGGGGUGUUUCUGGUCAGAACAAGACUAAGAGGUCGAAAGUUAAAGGUCCCCGGGAAGUAGUCUCCUCACGUCCUUCCGCUCGGAGUGGGAUGUUCUCUCGGCUGAAAAGGCUUUCAUUUUAUGAGAGACCAGAAAUUGAAAACACAAUGGUAUUUGUAGAGGAAAGUGAUGAUUCAGCCUUGAGUGAGGAUGAAGCAAUUGCGUCUGGCUCCAAUGACGUCAUUGAGUUUGUGACGUCCUCUCGGAGUAGCGAAUCAGAGGCAAGGAAAUCGCGAUCAGAUACCAGUGUUUACACGAAACCAGUGUUCGAUGAUAAAUCGGUAGGAUCCGAAAAUACGGGGACUGUGUCCGCAUCCACUCAAGUAAUCAUUGAGGAACCUUUCGUCAACCGUGUAAAGAGAAUCGCAGGAAAGACUGCUAAAUAUACAUUUUCAGCAAUUUCCAUUGGUCUGGGUUCCUGGUCUAUUCGUUACUCGUAUAAAUGUUAUACCGAGUGCAAUUUUGAUUGUUUUGAUAUGUCAAUGUAUGAGAAAUUACUGGAACUAAGACAUGUAUGAAUUGUAGCUUGAAUAUUUAUGAUUUUGAGCAUUAUAUGAGCUCAAGCCUCAAAACCAUAAACUGAGAAUAGACUUAGGUCAAAAUUUUGAUUUUGACUAUCUUGAGUUUUUUGUACAUAAAAAUUUGCAAGUUUGUGUAAUAUUCUAAUUUAAAUAUAUGAUGAACAUUUUGUUUCCUUAUGAUUAUUAUUUUAAAAGUUAUAUUGAUUUGAAAUUUCGACUUUAGUCUUUUCUCAGUUUAUGGUUUUGGGGCCAAAACUUAGAUGAAUUCAAUAAACUCAAACACUUGAACAUAAUAAAAACUACGGGACAUUCAGGACAGAUCUAUUUUUGGAUCAUCUCGGGCCUAGGCAUUCAAGUACAAACAAACUUUUUUUUUCAAAAGUCAUUAACAUAACUUUACCAUGUUUAUAUAUGUUUUAAAAGCAAAAUGAAUAAUUCUAACCGCAUAGAUUUUAAUUUUUCAUUCAAGUUUUUCACAGUAAUGUCCAACAAAGUGAUAAAAAAAAUGUUCGGAUUUAUAAGGGUGACGGCAAAAAGUAGAGAAAGUUUACAAUUUCUUUAUGUUUUAAAUUUAAUAUUUGCAUCAUUUACAAUUAGAAUAGGUCCAAAAAUAUAUGUCAAUCUAGGCAUCCAUUUUUUGUUUGUAUCAUAUGUCCUUAAGAUUUUGGGGGAAAAAAUAUGAAGAUGAACUCUGAAAACCCAAUAAUUUUAUAGUAAAACCGAGGAGGAGCCAUAAGGACUGAACUUAAUGAAGUGGUGACUUUGGAUUUGAAGUAAAUCGAAGGAAAACGCUGUCGUUCUAAUGAUUUGGUCCGAUGAGUGUGAAUUGAACUCAGAGAUAGGACUUUGAUUUAGCACAUCUUGAGUUCAGACUCAUGAUUUUUAAUUAAUUACUGAGAAGGGAAUUUAUUCAGACCGUGUGAUUUUAUUUAUCCUGAUAUUUCAUUAAGUGUAAGAAAAGAUGCAUUGACUUUAAUUCAAUGUCCUGACUGUGUGUUUACUACAGUGUAUGUGUUAAAAUUAGACCUUAUGGUUGUAAUCAAGCUUUUAAUUAUGGUAUGCAAGAUGAUGUGAAAGUUUAGAUAGCUUUGGUGCGCUAUCAAAUGUUACUUUCGAUAAAAUUAUAAUAUAAAUGAAUUUAUUGAAAAGUGAGUCAUUCAAAGUUAUUUUUCUUUUUGUGUUAUUCUCAUGAAAAAGAAAAAUGAAAAUCAGUGUAUUAAAAAUUUAUUUAAAUUUAUAUAAAGUUGUUCAUUUUUUGUAAUUUAUUUUUUAUGGUAAAUCUGAAUUACCAAUGUUCUACUUGAUUCUUUCUUGAACAAAAUGUGUAUCAUUUAAUUUUUUAGAAAUUUUGAUGAACAGAGCGAGUUUAUUAUCCCUGUCUCAUGUAUGCAUAAAAUAAAUAAGAACCAUCUACUGUGUCAGUCAUUCUACUAUAAAAGAACCAAUUCAGGAUUUAUAACAUGAAGGACAUAUACCAGUGUACUUGGUAAAAGAGAAUAUUGUCCACACAUUUUUACAACAAUUUCGAUAUACCCACUGCCAUAAGGCAAUGUUAUGGAAAUAAUGCUUUAA